UAUAAAAUAAGUAAAAAAAAAACAAAUAAUUUAUACACAAACUCUCCCCUCUCCUUACUCUUGUUUUUCUCUGACAAAGUAAUGGGAGAACAGCACAUCUCAGCUACAGUUCCCCGUGACAGAACAGAUGAACAGGCAAUCUUGGCUUUGAAGAAAGGUGCACAACUUCUGAAAUGUCGGAGAAGGGGAAACCCAAAAUUCUGUCAUUUUAAACUCUCAAUGGAUGAGAAGUAUCUGAUUUGGUACUCAGGACAAGAUGAGAGACAGCUGAGAUUGAGCUCGGUUAUAACGAUUGUUCGAGGACAGAUCACGCCGAAGUUUCAGAAGCAAGCUCAACCGGAUCGAAAAGAGCAGUCGUUUUCACUCGUCUAUGCAAAUGGAGAGUACACUCUUGAUCUUGUAAGUUCGGUUUUGUUCAACGACUUUGUAUAAAUGUUCUUGAACAUGUCUUGUUGGUGAUGUAGAUAUGCAAGGAUAAAGCACAAGCAGGCUCUUGGUUUAAAGGCCUUAGAGCUGUGAUAACGAAGCACCACAAUGCUAGAUCUUCUGUGAAUCUAAGGACAAGCAGGGGAGCUCAAAGUUGUAUCAAUAGCCCUGCGGGGUUUAUCCACAGGAAACAGAAUCUUGGACUUCUUGAAGAAACCCCUGACUUCACUCAGGCUCUUCAGACAGUUUCUACUCCAUGGAAUCAGCUGGUUCAGAUGGGCUCGGCCCAGUUUCUCCUUACUACGAAGCAGAUUAUAAUUCCAGGAGGUCGGACUGUGACCAGACAGGUUCAGAGCUUAGCAUUUAUGUUUCUCCCUCUCACACUGUAACUCAGCCAACUGCAAGAUCCAAUGUCCUCAAGGACGUAAUGAUAUGGGGAGCUACAAGGGGUCUUAUCGAGGGAUCAAAGAAUCAGAACGAUGCUUUAUCUCCUCAGCUUUUAGAGUCGGCCACCAUGUUUGAUGUACAAAGCAUUUCUCUUGGUGCAAAACACGCUGCGCUGGUUACGAGACAAGGUGAAGUGUUUUGUUGGGGCAAUGGAAACAGUGGUAAGCUUGGACUUAAAGUUAACCUUGACAUCGACCAUCCGAAACGCGUUGAAUCACUCAAAGGUGUUGCGGUUGGAUCAGUGGCUUGCAGCGAUAACCAAACAUGUGCUGUUACCGAAUCCGGAGAGCUGUAUCUGUGGGGAAUAGACGGUGGAACUAUUGGAGAAUCAGGAAGACAAUUCUUAACUCGGAAAAUAGCUGAUGUCUUUGGUAGAUCUUUGAGGGUUUACAGUGUCGCUUGCGGCGCGUGGCACACAGCGAUUGUGACAUUUUCUGGUCAGCUUUACACUUACGGUAGUGGAACCUUUGGAGUUCUUGGACAUGGGAGCCUUGAGAGUGUUACAAAGCCAAAAGAAGUGGAGUCUUUGAAGCGAAUGAAGGUAGUAUCUGUUUCUUGUGGACCGUGGCACACGGCUGCAAUAGUGGAAACAUCCACCAUCGACAGGAAAUAUCACAAAGCCAAGAGUUGUGGAAAGCUGUUUACUUGGGGAGAUGGAGAUAAAGGAAGGUUAGGUCACGUGGACAGCAAGAGAAAGCUCGUGCCGACUUGUGUUUCGGAGUUGAUUGAUCAAGAUUUCGUUAAAGUCUCAUGCGGAUGGACUUUAACUGUUGCACUCAGCAACAGAGGAACAGUUUAUACGAUGGGAAGCUCAAUUCAUGGCCAGUUGGGAUGUCCAAGAGCCAAGGAUAAGUCGAUAAAUACUGUUUUAGGCAAUCUAACAAGACAAUUCGUCAAGGAGAUUGCUUGUGGUUCACAUCAUGUAGCUGUGUUGACUUCUUUUGGUAAUGUUUAUACUUGGGGAAAAGGCGCCAACGGACAACUUGGGUUAGGCGAUGUUAGAGAUAGAAACUCGCCGGUUCUUGUUGAGUCUUUAGGAGACAGGUUGGUGGAAACUAUAGCUUGUGGGUUGAGUUUAACGGCUGCGAUUUGCUUACACAAAGACAUCUCUUUGACUGAUCAAAGCACUUGCAGUUCUUGCAAGUCAGCUUUUGGAUUCACAAGGAAGAAACAUAACUGUUACAACUGUGGUCUCUUGUUCUGCAAUGCAUGUAGUAGCAAGAAAGCAGUUAAAGCUUCCUUGGCACCAAACAAGGGCAAACUUUCUCGAGUCUGCGAUUCUUGCUUCAAUCAUCUAUGGAGAAUAACAGAGUUUUCAAACAAGGUUAAGAUGGACAAUCGAACUCCAAGGAUGCAGUUGGUUACUAAUGCACGCAGGGUAUCUGACAACUCGACAGAAACUGAAUCAGAGAAUCAGAUUCAGAAUAUUCCACAAGCUAAUCGUUCUUCAGAUGGACAGCCUCGAUGGGGACAAGUCUCUGCUCCUUCUCUGUUUCUUUUUGACAAAAUGUCACUAUCUUUGACAAGUCCUGAGAAUAUAUCAGUCUCAUCCAGAAGACGACCAUCUUCUACAAAGAUCUCGACCUCGUCUGAGACGAACAAGAUCUUUAUCGACGAAAUCGAAAGGCUAAAGGCCGAGGUAAGAAAUCUCCAGAAGCAGUGUGAACUUGGUAACGAGAAGAUUGAAGAAUGUCAAAGAGAGUUUGAGAAGACAUCAGAAGUUGCUAAAGAAGAAGCUGAGAAGGCUAAAGUUGCUAAAGAGAUAAUAAAAGCUAUGGCCUCAAGGCUUCAGACGAACAAGGAGAAACCGAACAAUCCUAAGACUGGCAUUGCAUGCAAUCCGUCUAAAGUCUCGCCCAUCUUUGAUGAUUCAGUGUCCGUUCCAUAUCUCACACCAAUUACCACGACUUGUUCACAAUCCAAAGACAAACAAAUUGUAGAAAAAUGUUCAAGCCGUGAAAGCAACAUUAGGCUAUUGGUAGAUGCAUCGCCAGCCAUCACAAGAACAGGGCAUAUGAAAAAUGGAACACAAGAAUCGACAGCAGAACAAGUAGAGCAAUAUGAGCCCGGUGUAUAUAUAACUUUCACGGCCUUGCCUUGCGGUCAGAAGACGCUUAAACGCGUACGAUUUAGUCGAAAGAGGUUUUCAGAGAAGGAAGCACAAAGAUGGUGGGAGGAGAAGCAAGUUUUGGUCUAUAACAAGUAUGAUGCUGAAGCAUGAACUAAUUGAGAAUGUAAUUCUAUUUUUAAUAUUGUUUUCGUUUUUUCAACAACUCUAACUCGUUUUUUUUUCAACAACUCUAACUCGUUUUUGAUCAUUUUCCUCGUUAAAUGCUAUUUUAGUCAAAAAAGCUCAUUCUAAGAUU